UUCAUGAAUUUUAGCAGACGAUUUUGUAAACGUUUCCCGGAAUAUGCGUUCGUGUCGUUUAUGAAAAUGAUAAACAAAAUGCCUCGGUAUCGCUUGAUUUUAAAAAUAUCAUCGAAAGCGGCCGUUAUAUCAUUCUAGAACUCUUCGAAUUAUUUUCUAGAUUACCGUGACGUCGGUAAAAACUUCUAUAUGAGAAUUUACUCUUAAUACAAUGGCGUCUGUCGUUACAAUUUUGACGUAAGGUUUUAACUACUUGCCAUCUGAAAGUUACGGUGUCAAUUAUGCGCAAAUAUUUAUUAAAUCUCGUAUUAAUAAUCUCGCGGUGACCGAUCCUACGGUCCUUUUCGUUCUGUUAUGAUUGUUAGUAUUGUAUUGUAUAAUUAUAAACACAUGAUGAUGGAAAAGGAACUAUUAAGCUUGGUGCAAUAUUACAAAUAAGUGUCAAACUUUUAAUACGCUUUUUUGACGUUUUUAUUGGCGAUGUUGAUAAUCAAUUAUACAAUUUGAUUAUUAUCUUGUACCAUGAUGGGAAUAUUGUAUGAGAAACGGCCACUGAAGAAGCCAAGACUGGGACCACCUGACGUUUAUCCUCAAGAACCUAAACAAAAGGAAGAUGAGCUUACGUCUGUUAAUGUCAAGCAUGGAUUUGCUACAAUGCCCCAAUUAUCCGAUGAAUUCGGUACUGCAAGACAUUGUAAUGUUACUGCUGCCAAAGUAGGGGCAUAUUUCAAUGCUAUACUUAGUAAAAAAGAAGAACUUGCAACUAUGCCUGAUACUGGAAGAAAAAGGCAACAAAUUAAUCCUAAAGAUAACUUUUGGCCAGUAACUGCUAGAACAAAAAAUGGUAUAGAAGCAUGGUUCAAAGACUUGUCAGGGUGUAAACCUUUAGUGACUCUUGCAAAAAAAGCACCUAAUUUUAAUAAAAAAGAAGAAAUAUUUAUGAUGUUAUGCGAAUAUCAAGUACCUAUGUUAAGAGCUGCAUGGUUUAUCAAAUUGAGUUCAGCGUAUACUGUUGCAGUUUCAGAAGCUAAGAUUAAAAAACGACAAUUACCUGAUCCUACUACAGAAUGGACAGGAACUUUGAUAAAAUUUCUAAAAGAUCAGCUGUCGAAAUUGCAAGAAUAUUAUCAUAUAGGUAUUCAAGUAACUAAUACCACAAAUAGUAAUGCAAAUAGUACUAGUACAAGUACAAAUAAUUCAUGCAAUGGCAGUACUACACCAAGUGCUAAUGGAAGUAACAAUAACACUGUUAACAAUAAUACAACUGGUAGUACUAAUGGAUCUAUAAAUACUCAACCAGCUACACCAAAUUCAAAUGUUCAAUCAAUAGUUACUGCAGUUAUGAAUGAUGAACAUAAAUUAGCAAUGAAACAAUGGCAAUAUUGUAUUCAGUUAGCCAAGUACAUGUUUGAAGAGGGUUUGUUGGAUAGACAAGAGUUACUCCAAUGGAUAUUAGAAUUAUUAGAUAAAAUUAGAUCAUCGCCAUCAGAGGAUGGCAUCUUAAAACUUUUAUUGCCAUUAGCUUUACAAUAUUUAGAAGAAUUUAUACAGUCUGAAUUAUUAGCUAGGCGUUUAGCAUAUUUGUGUUGUCGCAAAUUGGCAUACAUGUGUAACAAUGUUGAAGUGAAUAGCAAUCCGCAAAGUCCAUCCAUUGUUAAAACUGAAGUUAAUAAUGGAAAAGAUACAGCUGUUACAAAUCAAGGUCCACCAAAUCCACUAACCGCAGCUUUUAAUGAAUAUUUAGUUUGUCCACACCAUAGAGAUGUGUUAUAUAGUUUAUCUACGAUCAUACAGGUUAUCACUUUAGAAUGUCCAACAGCAUUAGUAUGGAAUAGCGUUGGAGAAGGGAAAGCUCCAACAGUCUUAAACGGUUCUCCAUUAGAUUAUUUGCCAUGUCCUCCUGCCGCUUUACCAACUCCACCUACAAGUGCUACUGAUCCUACAAGGAAACAAUUGAAGAUUGGACAAGAAAAUAUAAGAAUUCGAUCGCAAUCUGCUGAGGGACGAUGGUCGUGCGAUAAAUGGCAACAAAGUAGUGCAGGAAUGACAACUACUAAAGUAUUAGCAGCAUUAGAUGCUUUAGAUAGACAUAGUUUUGACCGAAUGGAUGCAGCUAAUUCGUUAGAUACAUUGUAUGCCAAAAUUUUUGCUCCUUCUCCAAAAGAUAAUAAUAAUGAACGUGAUACAAAAACAGAAUAUAAUCCACAACAGGAUUCUGCUGUAGUUGAAAUUCUUUGCGAAUGGGCAGUAAGUGCAGAAAGAUGGGGAGAACACAGAGCAAUGGCCGUUGCUAAAUUGCUAGAAAAAAGACAGAGUGAAGCCACUGGAGAAACAAAUGACAAUGAUGACAAAGAUAGUGUUUGGAGUAAUGGAAAUCCACCUGUACUUCCAAUUUUUCAGCCACUGUUAAUGAAAUUUUUAGAUACAGAUGCUCCUGUUUUAGAUAACUCAACAUCACAAUCUAAAACGCAAUUUACAAAUUUAGUUCAUUUAUUCUCAGAACUAAUAAGACACGACGUUUUUUCACACGAUGCCUAUAUGUGUACAUUGAUUUCAAGAGGAGAUCUUAUACAAGGUCCAGCAGCAAGUAAGCCUGGAACACCUAGUAAUAGAGAAAUUGAUGAGGAAAGUCUCUUCUCAGGAAUAGAAUUAAAACCAACUAAAUUGGAGGUACCAGAUCAUAAUAGAGCUAUGGAUUAUGAUGAUAGUAAAAUAGAUGAUGACUUAGACAAGUUAUUGCAACAUAUUAAAGAAGACCAACAAAAUAGUAUGGAUGCACCAGAUAGUCCAAAAGAAGAUGCUUUGGCUGGACAUACAGGUCAUGAGGGUAUUGACUCCAAAAUUCAAUCAAGUCAUAGCCGUCAUUUAUUAUAUACAACACAUUUUCCUUUACCACAGGACGAGACAUGUAGUCAGCACGAUUGCAAUCAACGUCAUGUACUGUUGUAUGGAGUAGGUCGUGUACGAGACGAAGCUAGACAUGUUGUUAAAAAAAUGACAAAAGAAGUAUGUAAAUUAUUUGGUAAAAAAUUUAGCAUUGACGUUGCGGAAGGUGGAAAAGUGAAAAAGCACUCGCGCAGUGAAUUUAAUUUCGAGGCUAUAACAAUGAAAUUUCAAAACUUAAGUUAUUUUGAUCAGCAUGUGGUAACGUGGCAAUGCGCAACACAAGUUAUUGAAAUGCUUAAUACAUUUGCAUUGGCUGGAUCGUCUUAUUUGCCAGUGCAAGAACACGUAGCCUUUCUAUUUGAUUUAAUGGAAUUGGCUUUAAAUAUUUAUGGUCUGAUAGAUGUCUGUAUUCAAAUACUUAAAGAAUUGCCAGAAGUUGAAGCUCAAUUUACAGUGAGAAAUAGUCAACUUGUUAGAAGUUACACUACCAGUUUAAGUCUAUAUGUUGUAGGAGUAUUAAGAAGAUACCAUUGCUGCUUGUUACUAUCACCGGAACAAACAACAGUUGUAUUUGAUUUGCUAUGUAAGGUUGUAAAACAUGUCGCAAAUCCAAGUGAUUGUAGCUCAGCAGAACGUUGUGUAUUGGCUCAUCUCUAUGAUUUGUAUUCCACGUGCUCGUUGUUAAAAACUAAACCACAUGGCGUGGAAGCGUUUAGUAAUGCGUAUCCAAAAAUUCGUACUGCUCUUUAUAGUGCAUUGCAACCGACACCCUCAAGUCAUGUAUAUAAUUCACAAUUCAUGGUUGAUGUGUUUACUAGUCCUAGAAGAGGUGGAAAAAUUGAACCGCAAUGGGCCAGACAAUUAAAUGAAACGCCAGCAAAUCGUUAUAGUUUUGUAUGCAAUGCUAUAGUUGCAGUUUGUAGUGAAACAGAUAAUGACAAAUUAAAUGAUAUUGCUAUAACUUGUGCUGAGUUAACAGCUUGCUGUAAUGCAUUAAAUGCAGAAUGGUUGGGAGUCCUCAUGGCACUUUGCUGUUCCUCUAACAGUUCUGCAUUUUACAUUGAUGUAUUAAAUCAAGUUGAUGUCCAAGAUUUAAGUAUACAUAAUUCUCUUGCAGUAUUUACAUCAAUUUUAAUUGCUCGACACUGCUUCUCAUUGGAAGACUUUGUUGUACAUAUAGCAUUGCCAUCGUUAGUUAAGGCCUGCAAUGAAGGUCGUGGAGAUGCAGAUAUGGAAGCUGAAGCCGGAGCUCGUUUAACAUGCCACUUAUUAUUGCGACUUUUUAAAACAGUCGAAUGUCCUCAGCCAGCCUUGUAUUCUGUUGGUACAAGUCCUCAUCCUUUACCAAAUGGAAAUUCACGAGGAUACAGCAUAAAAUUAAGUUGCGAUAGACAUCUUUUGGCUGCAGCACAUAACAAUAUAAGAGUGGGUCCAGUAUUAGCGGUAUUGAAAGCUAUCCUUGUAGUAGCUGAUGCAACUGCCGGAAAACAGCCACCUAAAAAACCAGAUGUGUCUAUGACUCAUUCAAGCAAAGGAGGUGGACCUGGUAGUGUUGGCGUUGGUAUUGGUGUUAGUAGUGGUGGACCUGGAGAAUUAUCAAUUAGUCAUAUUUUAGGAACCAGUGAUAUUUUAGGAGGUGGUGAUGAUCUUGGACUUGAUCUUGCAAUGUCUUCCUCUAGUAGUAGUGCUGGUAUGACUUCCGAAAAUGUAAAAGGUCUUUCGGACUUCGCUCAGCAUGUUUUACGUCAAAUUUGUAGUCAAGAAUGGGUCUUGGAAAGGUGUUUACAAAAUCCUGAAGAACUUUGUCAUCCUGACAUGUUAUUAGAUAGUAUGUUAACUCCACGCCAAGCACAAAGAUUAUUACAUAUGAUAUGUUAUCCUGAAACACCAACUGAAGCUUUCAUCGAUCAAAAAACGCAUAUUACAAGUAUUCUGGAAAACUUAGAACAAUGGAGUCUUAGGAUGUCUUGGCUUGAUCUACAAUUAAUGUAUAAACAAUUCCCACCUGGCUCUGUCGAUCUUUCUCAAUGGCUAGAUACUGUUGCAAAAGCUGCUAUCGAUGUAUUCCAAUUAAAUUCUUUAUCGAGUAAAACUGAUAGAAGAUCAGGUUCUAUAUGGCUAGUGGCUCCUCUUGUUUCUAAACUACCAAGUGCUGUACAAGGAAGAGUUCUUAAAGUUGCAGGCCAAGUAUUAGAAUCUGGUAAUUGGUCAAAAACAGCUGGUCGUGAACGAGGUAGAUCCAAAUCGCCAUCACUUUUUAAUCAUCAGCCAUUCUUAUCGUUGGUAUUGACAUGUCUGAAAGGACAAGACGACCAAAGAGAAGGUUUAUUGACAUCAUUACAUUCACAAUUGUCUCAAUUUCUUAAUACAAGCAAAGAAGAGAAGAAUAUAGGUUCCGAAGAUCCCAAAGCAAGAGAAGUAUUACAAGAUGCUCUUCAAUUAAGAUUUAGCUUAGUUGGUGGUGUUUUUGAUACAAUACAACGAAAUACAACUGCUACAACUGAUUGGGCUAUUUUGCUUGUUCAGUUAGUCAGCUAUGGGGUAAUCGAUCUAAACAAUAACUCAGAACUAUUUACAACUGUUAUAGACAUGUUAGCAACAUUAAUACAUUCCACUUUAGUCUCAGACUCACAGUCUGAAAAAGACGAAAAUAAAAAGCAUUAUCAAAAUUUAAUGAAAAAAUUAAAAAAAGAACUUGGUGAUAGAAAUUCCUCGAGUAUUCGAUUCGUUAGACAAUUAUUACCGCUGCCAAAAUUAACGAUGGAAGUUAUUACUUGUGAACCAGUUGGUUGUUUGACGGAUACUAAGGGAAAUAAAAUCGCUGGUUUUGAUAGUAUUGAUAAAAAGCAGGGCUUACAAGUAUGUGAUUCGCAAAGAGUUUCUGCAUGGGAAUUAUUAGAAGGCCAUAAGAAUCCAGCACCUUUAUCUUGGGCAUGGUUCAGAGCAGUUAGACUAGAACGUAAACCGCUUACUUAUCAAAAUGCGCACAAAUUAUUAAGGUAUCAUACACACAGUCAGCUUAGACCACCUAAUUAUUAUUUGGAACCGCCACCAUUGCCGCCAGAAGAUCUGGAACCAGACAAAAAAGAAUCUGAACCAGGUAAAGCUGAUACCCCAAUGAGCAUUGACUCUCCAGGAAGAGUUGGUGGCAGUGUGGGUAGUAGUGGAGUAGGUAAUACUGCGACUAAUGGAAAAGGUAAAGCUAUGAAAGCUAGACGACACAGAAGAAACAAAGGUGCUGCAACGCCUACAGCUCCUGUGUCACAACAAAUACAACAACCACCAUCUCAAUUGCAACAAAUGGCUUUCAACAAUCAACAAGCAGCUGUUGCUCAGCAAUCUGGAAUGUUUACUGGGCAACCACCACAGCCUCAACAACAAUGGUAUGCAAAUCAACAAAAUCAUACGCCAGCACAGCAAUAUGGAUAUGGACAACAAUUGCCACCAACACCAGUCGGGGGACCUCGUUAUGAAAGACCCGGAAUGAAUAAUCAGUCCAAACAAGCAUUAUCUAAUAUGUUACGUUUACGAUUACCAAAUCAAUUUAUGGGUACUCAACAACAACCUAAUCCCCCGCCAGUAGCUGGUCCAAGUGCUUUCCAGGGUAUGCAAAGGCAACAGUUUAUUAGACAGCAAUUAAGAGCACAACACGGUGCGCCGGGUAUCAAUCCACAGCAGAAUAUGUUUGCACCGCAACAACAGCAACAACAACAGCAACAGCAAGGAAUGUAUGCCGGAAUGCAGCAAGGAAUGAAUCAGAAUUAUGCAGGAUAUGGCGGACAACAGAUGAUACCACAACAGCAACAACAACAACAGCAACAACAAAACCCUCAACAGACGCAACAGCAACAGCAAUUAUUACAACAGCAACAACAACAACAAGGAAUAAUGAAUCAACAACCAAAUAUGAUGUUCACAAAUCAACAGCAAAUGAUGGGACCUCAACGAGGUCCAGAAUAUAUGCCACAACAAAGAAUGCAGCCUGCUGCAACGAGGCCACCUUACUUACAAGCACCAAAUGUUACAAUGAAUGCUAUGGGACCAAUGGGUGGAGGUCUUCAAAACCAACCUGCUCCACCAUACAGACAAGCAGCUGGCAAACCAGGUGCAGUGGGAGUAACUGGAGUUACAACAAACGUUAGUUUACAACAAAAUCAACAAUUCCAGCAGCAACAAGCUAUAAAUCAACAACGUAUGAGACAACAAAUGUUAGCUUUGCAACAACAACAACAACAACAGGCACAGCAACAGCAACAAGCACAACAGCAACAGCAACAACAACAGCAAGGUGCUGCUGGUGGGCAACAACCAACUCCCCAAUUAGUUACGCAUUUACAACGGCACUUGAGUCAACCACCACAACACCCCUAUCAACAUCAACCACCAGGAUAUUAAAACUAAAAAGAACAUGGUAUUGUGUAACACAGUGUUCUUUCAAAAUGUAUACGCACUCCAUUUAUUAAUCUCGUACAUUCUUGACUUAAACAGAAUUGUAAUUCAUUCUUUAAACGUGUACCUCCACGACCUAUGUGUUCAGAAUAUUAAGCAUUAACCCUCUAUAAAGUCACGUAUGUAACUUUAAAGUUACCUACCUUACCUAAUUAUACGUAUUUUGUAAAUCUUAAUAUAGUUAUAAAUGUAUCACCAUUUAUAUCUCGAAAAUUAAUACUUGCUAAGUUUAAGUUAUACUUAUGCUAGAGGAUAACAUAAUUAUAAUAAUAUAAGUUAUAUAUUAUAAAUUUCACAUUAGAUAAUUUUUAUUUGAACAAACAAAUAACUUGGACUAACGUAGAGGGUUAAUGUAAACGCAUAAUAUCAUAAAUCUUGAAAAUCUGUGUGGAUCUUCUUUAUUGAUAAUAGUAUAAUAAUUCAUUAUUAUAUUAUUUUAUUAUAAAUACUGCUACUAGUUUAUCCAAUAUUUUAAUUUACCUAGUCUUAUCAAUUUUGUAUUGUAUAUAUCGUAUUUUAGACUGUCUCGUACAUGUAUUUAUCAUCGACAUAAAUUGCAAAAAUAUAGAUAAAGCGACACUAUAUUGUAAUAAUACGAGAAAUUCUUUACAAAGUCGCUUUUAAUUUUCACUAUGUCCAAAAUAGUAUAAAAACUAUAUUAUAAAAAUGAAUUAUAUUAGGUUGUUCAAUAAGUCCACGUGAUUUAUUCUAAGUAAAUAAUAUGGCCAAAAAAUCCGUAUGAACUAAUCGGCCAACCUAAUAUUUUACUUCUUUAUUAAUAUAUGAUUAAUUAAUUGUGAACUUAAUGCAAAGAAAUUAAGGUAAUUUUGUAAGAUGUAUCUAAAAAUUUCAUCAAUUUUUUUAUUUCAAUUUAUUUUUUUAACUUAAUCUUAUAACAUAAUCGUGUAUGUAUAAUACCAAUCUGAUAGAAUUUUUUUUUUAAUUUCUCCAAGUCUCGAGUUAAUUUCUAUCAAGUUUCAAAACUCUGCAUAUUCAAAAAUUAAAGAUUAUGAUAUCUUAUAUUUGAUGAGAUUAUAUAAAGGAAGAUUUCCUUUAUUAAAUUGUAAUUCAUAGCUUUGUAUAUUAUGUGGGGAAUUACCUUUCGAAUCCUUACCUUUUGAAUCAUUUUCGUGGUAUGUAAACGUGCACAAAUUGUGGAUUUUUUUACACCGAGCUUUUAAUUAUUUUCGAUUAUUGCAUUAAGUUUUUUUCUAGGGGAGCUAGCAAUUCCUGAUGUUCAAAUUUUACCGGGCGAUUCGAAUGUUCUUUGUCACUACUGAUGUCACAAUAA